AUGAUCAAUGGAGUUACUCGUGCAAAUUACGCGCAGCAAGUGAAUCAAGUGCAUCCUUUGGUUAGCAUGGUAGCUAUGGGUGCUGUAAACCAGUUCAGUAUUCAGGGCGGCAAUGCCCAGAUCUCUAAGCGUUUUCUCGAGCAGAGUGGGGCAUCGAUUCGAACGGGCCUUCGUGGCGAUGUAACAGGAUUGUUGCAUCUGCGACCAUCGUCUUCUACGUCGCCUUCACAUGCGCAAUGGUGGGUUGGCACACGCGAUGGACACGGGGAAAUUUUUGAUGCUGUGAUAGUUGCAACGCCAUGGCAUGAUUCCCGGAUCACACUUCUCGAUACAGAUCGCUCUGUUCCAAUGUAUGAGAUGCAAAAAGUGCAUGUCACAAUUGUUGUUACUGAUGCUUCCCAACCGAGCCACGACUAUUUUCAUUAUGGGCCAUCCUUCAAAGUGCCACUGACGAUCGUCACAACUCCUGCGCCUGAUCGAUCCGCACCAGAGGUAUGUAUGUUGCAUGAUGCUGUAUGA